AUCUCAAUAACUCUUCCCAAGAAUGAUGUCAACAGAAAGUGCCAACAGUUUCACCCUGAUCGGAGAGGCGUCAGACGGAGGCACCAUGGAGAACCUCAGCCGCAGACUGAAGGUCACUGGUGACCUCUUCGACAUCAUGUCUGGGCAGACAGACGUGGAUCACCCCCUGUGUGAAGAAUGCACUGACACUCUACUGGACCAGCUGGACACACAGCUCAACAUCACAGAGAACGAGUGCCAGAACUACAAGAGGUGUCUGGAGAUACUAGAACAGAUGAACGAGGAUGAUAAGGAGAAGCUGCAGACAGAGCUGAAAGAACUGGCACUGGAGGAAGAGCAGCUGAUUCAGGAGCUGGAGGACGUUGAGAAGAACCGCAAGGUCGUGGCUGAGGACUUUGAGAGAGUCAGGGCAGAGGCUGAGCGGCUGGAGCAGGAGGAGGCUCAGUACCAGAAGGAAUACUGUGAGUUCAAGAGGCAGCAGCUGGAGCUGGAUGAUGAACUGAAGAGCGUGGACAACCAGAUGCGCUAUGCUCAGAUGCAGUUGGAUAAGCUAAAGAAAACCAACGUGUUCAAUGCAACUUUUCAUAUUUGGCACAGUGGGCAGUUCGGCACGAUAAACAACUUUAGGCUUGGCCGUCUCCCCAGCGUUCCCGUGGAGUGGAACGAGAUCAAUGCUGCCUGGGGGCAGACGGUGCUGCUGCUGCACGCCCUGGCCAACAAAAUGGGCCUGAAGUUCCAGAGAUACCGUCUAGUCCCCUAUGGCAACCACUCCUAUUUGGAGUCCCUCACGGACAAAUCCAAGGAGCUCCCGCUGUACUGUUCCGGAGGCCUGAGGUUCUUCUGGGACAACAAGUUUGACCACGCUAUGGUGGCUUUCCUGGACUGUGUGCAGCAGUUUAAAGAGGAAGUGGAGAAAGGUGAAACGCGGUUUUGUUUGCCUUACAGGAUGGACGUGGAGAAAGGGAAGAUUGAAGACACAGGAGGCAGCGGUGGCUCUUACUCAAUUAAAACACAGUUUAACUCUGAGGAGCAAUGGACAAAAGCACUAAAAUUCAUGUUAACUAACCUGAAGUGGGGCCUUGCCUGGGUCUCCUCCCAGUUCUAUAACAAGUAAUGGUGGCCAGAGCUUGUCCUGGCAGCUGUGCAGUGUCUGUGUUGCGUUGGGAAAGGCAAAUUGUCUCUUAACAUUACCCAGUACAUGUUUACAAUACCAAAAAUCCACGAGACACUUUAUUUAAAAUACCAUUAUUACAAGUAGUUUAUAGAAAAGCAAUAUGCAAAGCUGUGUCACUGAGCUGAACAGAAUAAAACUCAGCUGUUCAAGAGA